AUGGUUAUAAAAGACGGAUAUCACAUGAUGAUAGUUUCGAAAUAUUUUAAGACCAUUAAUGACUUCGUUUCACUUGAAUUAGUGAAUACCAAAUACAGAGGAACCAUGGAGAAGUUUCACUUCAACCCAAUACCACUCGACACAACAUCAAUAAAGUAUUUUGUGAACAUUGAGACAUUAAACAUUUGGAAUACAAAAGAAGAGACCUUUGGUAACGAUUUUCAUAAAUCAGUUGAAAUUACUAGAAAAUCUAAAAAUCCAAAUAAAUACAUAUUUUUCAAAAUAGUAGUGUGGUACAAUGUCGAUUAUAACACUUUCGUGUUAAACAAAAAUUCUAAUUUCUUAUUCAAAGAUGUUACAUUCACUAAGAAUGACAGACUAAAAUAUGGAUCAACAAUUCCAAAAGAAGUUGCAUCACUUGGAGUUGAUACUUUUCGGUCUUUAAAUUCCAUCGACUUUAUAAUUCUUCCCCAAAACGUCACACAAAUUCAUGAAAGGUGUUUCGAAGGUUGUUCAACACUAACUUCUCUCAAAAUCACAACAAAUCUGAUGAAAAUAGAACCUGGAGCAUUUUCAAUGUGUCGAACUCUGAGAAGAGUAUUUUUACCAUUUCAAACACAAUAUCAUUCCACAGCACAAUCUGAUAAUAUAAAUGUAAACAUUAAUAAUUAUAAUCAACCAAAGAGUUACUUGGGUGGGUGUUGUUUCAAUUGUUGUGAAUCACUUGUAGAAGUUGAGCUUCCUGAUUUUUAUGAGCAUUAUGGAAGUGAUUGCUUCUCAAAAUGCUCGAGUCUUCAAACUAUUAAAAUAUCGGAGAGUGUCACACAUCUCAAUGAUUAUUGUUUCAAUCAAUGCAUUUCAUUGAGUAUAGUGGUGUUUAACAAAAACUUGCGAUUUAUUGGAAAAAGUUGUUUUGCGUACUGUUCUUCACUCUGUGAAAUAAAUCUCCCACCAACAGUAGAAAAGCUCGAAACACUUUCAUUUAUUGAAUGUAAAAAUUUGAUGGUAUUAAGUGUGCCUGAUAAUACAACGUAUAUUGGUGAAUACUCCUUUGACCACUGCAACAAACUUUCAAAUAUAACAUUUAACACAAAACUCGUCGAAAUUCGAAAUAACUCUUUUUCUUAUUGUGAUUGUCUGACAAAUGUAUUUAUACCAAAGAACAUUAAGAUUAUUGAAAAAUAUGCGUUUCAAAAAUGUACAAAUUUGAAUAUUAUUUUCAAAUAG